AUGGCGGCUAUAGUAGCAACCAAAGCCUAUCAAACUGCACCAACGGACGCCCUUCUUGUCAUCGCAGGACUCCCCCCUAUUCAGCACGUUAUCCUGACCAGGUAUAUCAAAAAUUUCCUCACAAAGCUCAACACUCUGACUAACAGGACAAUCAAUGAACUUAAGCUCCCGGAGGCCAUCCACUCCAUUGUCAAAGACAUUAAGGACUAUGGAAUCGACAAAACGGUCGAAACCGACCCCACCCACCCAGCUGUCAUUGAGAGCUGCAAUAUCUAUUUCAACCAUCCCCUCCCUACUAAGGAAGCCAACUUUUAUACUGACGGCUUCAAAACUGACAACACGGUUGGCGCUGCUGUCUACCUCGACGACCUCAGCAAGAGGCACUACUGGAAAUCAGUAGCCUCUCUCAACAAUCACUGCACCAUCAAUCAGGCUGAGUCGUUAGCCAUCCUGCACAGUCUGAAAUACAUCAAAACCAACAUUCAGCAUUUUAAACGAACCGCCAUCAACAUCUUAAGUGACAGCCGCACAACCCUCCACCAAUUGAACAAUGGCAAUCGCCAGCUCCCCAUCAUCAACAACUGCCUCCAGAUCAUAGGAGAGAUUAGUCAGGUGGUUUCUAUCAACCUGUACUGGGUAAGGGGACACACUGGGAUUUACGGCAAUGAGAAAGCUGAUGCUCUUGCCAAGAAAGCCCAUACAAUCACGAGCAACUGCAGUUACGCCGCCAUCCCCCUCUCUGUCAUCAAAAGCAAGCUUAGCGCCAUCAUUAUGGAUAACUGGCAAAAGGAAUGGGACGCCAGUACCACCGGGCGUCUAACUCACCAAUUCCUGCCCAACAUCAGCAAAAGGAUGACACUUAAGUUCUUCAACGCCAUCACCCAGCUCUUGAUUUCAGGGCCUAUCUCCACCGUUCUCUCAAAAAAGGAAGUAGUACCUGCAAUUGCGGAAUUGAGGAAGACGAGGACCCUUACCACGUAA